CGAUACAACUGAAGAUGGCGGCAAAAAUUUGACAGAAGGGGUCUCGAAGAACAAGAGAUCGUUCUGGUCAUGGAGUAUGGUUAAAACCACAAUACCUGUGACGAAAAGUUAUUCUUAAAUUGUAGAAGGAUGAACUUUAACGAAGAGGAGCUUCAAUCUUUAUCGUUUCAAUGCGAACAGGUUAGCAGUAGUUGUCACGGUGUGCCGGAAGUGUGUAAAAUGCCAAAGUCAGAAUAGUAACCUUAUUCACUCAUUGAUUUUAUAUGAAAUUUUGCCUCAAGUAAAUUUGAUUCUUCAUGAUGAAAAUUAAAACAAACUCGUGUUUUCAUUUAAGCUAUAUUCGCAAACAUCAGGGGUCUCAUUGUGUUGUUUUAGUUUAUAAUAAUUUCCAGAAUUUUUGAGCGCUGAUCUCCAUCAAGCUUAAGUUAUAUCACUGUACAUGUUAAGGUUUUGGGGCCUGUUACAGUUAUAGAUUUGACGAAGCUGUGGCACUGAACAACCCAGCUUUUUUCCGUAGCUUUGUAAGAUGUUGCUUAUGUUUGACCAAAUUAACAACAAAUAACUUAAAAAUGUCUGAAAAUCCACACAUGUUCUUAUUCCUUUAGGGUUGGGGGGGGGGGGGGGGGCUACUCCCAUAUGUGGGCCAUAUAGGUAUGUGCCCCCCGAUAAGUUAUGGUUUGUUAGGGUCUCGAACCUUAAACAGGGUAUCAUUUUUGCCUUUGUUAGCGUUAUAAUCCUGGUGUGAUCCUUUUAAUUACUAAAUUUCACCUAAAAUUCAAGUGCGUUAAUGCCCAGCCACACCAGAAACAAAUCAUUGUUAAAAUUAAACUUUACCUUUGUGUAUAAGGAAUGCGAUGUAAAGAAGAUUUGUGUGCUUCCUUUAAAUUCUUACUUCUUGUUUUUCCCUUAACAGAUUUCGGCCUCAAAUAGAGUAUAAGUUUUUGUCUGUCUUGUCCUUGCAUAGGGUCAGGUUUAAGACCCUGGGUAGCACAGACUUAUCCGAAAUUUUUGGGAGAACCCUCCCCCGCUCCCCCUGCUCUGCUCCAGGUGUGUACUGUACACACCAUUCAUUACCUCUUGCAGGCAUUGUUGACAUUGUACGGUGGGCAAAAUCAGGCUGACAGAGAUGCAGCCCAUAAGUGGUUGUUGGCGACACAGAAGUCACAACACGCAUGGCAACUGUGCUGGAGGCUGAUGCACAGAGAAAAGGUUUGAAAACUUUAUCAACAUUUUACUGAGUACAGUUGAUACACUGUUGAUUGUCUGUUCGCUGACAACUAGCUUUGGUCAUCUGUUGUCUAUUAUUGGUGGUUAAAAUUGUUUUGACCAACAUCUAGUUUGGCUAGGCUGUUAUUAAGCAAUUAUUGGAUGAGGUUGAGCAUGAUAUCAUGAAUUAUCAAAACCUCGCGUUGUUCCUCCCAAUUUCCCAAUUAAAAUCAUCUUAAACCGAAUAAAACAAUAGGCAAAGAAGACAUUCAGCCAGCCUGAAAACACUGGGGUCACCAGAAAAGUUUUUUUGCAAUGUCUGCACUUUAUCACGUCAAGUUUUGUUGAUUGGAUGCUUACCAAUCAGAUGUUUCAUAGUGAGUCUGAUGUAUAAUAAAAGAAAUUGUUGUUCCCAAUUUCCCACAAAAGACAAUACAUGUCGAGAGGGGAAUGUGGUCAAGAAAAGUCUUUUUUUGACUUUAACUUUUUGUCUUAUUCAAGAUCACAGAAAUUCAAUUUUUUGGUGCAUCCAUGCUCCACUUCAAGAUUUCCAAAAACUGGUUGGUAGAUUUUUACUUUCAUAUGUUUUAUACACUGUGAUUAAGUAGUCAAAUGUAGGAUCUAAACCUUUUUCAGGGUUUGUUUGUCAAUAACUUUGCAUAAUGUAACAGAGAAAUAACUAGCAUUUCUGUUUUGCGGAAUUUUUACCGGUAGUAUUUUUUUCUUUCAGGAACGAGCUUCAAGAGCAACAUUACAAUGACUUACGAUCAGAACUUUUCAACCACAUUCUUGUUUUUUCCAGUGGACCACGUAUUGUUCUUACAAGACUCUGCAUUGCAGUAAGUGUUUUUAUAUGUAAUUAUGCUAUGCUUAAAGAGGAACUGAAGGGAGCUAGGGGUGGCACCAGAAAAUUCUGUCAGGACUUGUCGAGAUACUUGCCAGCUAUAUAGAUACUAUUUUAUUGAGAAUUCUUUAACAAUAAUUCAAAAUUUCCAACAAAAGUGGCGCUUCUCAGACUACCCUAAAUCUGCCCAUGGCUGAGCCCAGAAGCUCAGACACUGUGACAUCUUUAGUACUCAACAUGGUAUUUUACACAGUGUGGCUUUUGAGCUAAAUUUUUUCUUGUCUAAGUCACCACGCCUCUUCAGGUGCUGCCAGAGGUAUAACCUUAGUUAUUUGGGAUGUAAUAAAUUGAGAGAAAUAGUUGACAGUGUUCUUGUUUUAUAAUUAUUGUGUAAAUUUGUUUUCAACAGCUAGCUGCCUUUGCUCUCAAUACUAUGCCUGAACACUGGAGUAAUGCAGUCACCGACAUUAUCACUACAUUUCAAAAUGCCCCUACAAGCUCAUCACAGGUGAAAUCCUUAUCUAGUAGAGCAGUAGUAGUAAGGUUGUACUGUUACAUUUGUUUAAAUUAAUAAUUUACCAGAAUUAGAUGCAAACCCAACUUCUGAUCUGAUUAAUGCCUUGACUGAAUACGUACAGUAUCUGUCAUCUCACAUACUUGGAACAAGGGAAAAAAAUCACAUUUUCCUAGAGAUAAGCAGUUUUGACAAGAAAAACUGAAAAAAAUUCAGGCUUGAACAGGAUUCAAACCCAUGACCUCUGUGAUACUGAUGUAGUAUUCUUACCACUUAGUUUUUACAACUGCAUAAUUUGCACAUAUAUUUAUCACUGUGAGGAUCUUUCAUGCGUUAAAUCUUUCCUCUGUAGUUCAGUAUGUUAAUUUUUGUACAUUCACUUUCAUUUCACUACCAACAGGAUUACUGAAAAUGACUUCAUCUCCUUACUAUGUUUGUAACUUUUUCUGCAGGGCAGUGUUUGGCCCAUCUCGAUGCUUGAAAUCCUUACUGUGUUGCCGGAAGAGGUUUGUUUAUGAAAUAGUGUAUUUUCAAGUCAUUAGAGAGGCUACUUGACAGGAUCAAGGCCCUUAAGACUGUGAGGUCAUGUAUGAAGCUGUUAAUCCUUUCCUAAUUUGGUCAUAACUACAGUUAUAUAGGCAGUUGCAUUGUCAUAGAAAUGGCUUAAAAAGUUGUAAACGUUUCCCCUUGUGGUUUUGUAGCAGAUAAAUAUUUCUUCAUGGCUGAGCUGACUAAAAGGUUUGAGAAAUUACCCAUAUUGCUAAGCAACCUUAUUGUGCCUGCUUUGCGACAAAAUUGAAAUACCUGUGUCUUUUUUGUCUUUAAUUUUUUCCUAUUAGUUUCACUCAAGUGAUUUUGCACCUGGAAGAAAAGUUACUCUGAGAGGUGAAUUAAAUUCUGGUGUACCCCAAGGUAUGACACACUAAACACUGUCUUGUAUAUUUUUCUUGACCCUUAAAGAAAACAUACUUUGAACUAUGAUUUUCUUGCAGCUCAUUUAGUUUCCUUACCUUUGACUGAGGCGCUCUUGGGCUUGGACAUGCAUGUCCUUAGCCUGAAUUUCAAACAAAUUUAGAAAGAAGCCAUGUCCCUGUCAGAUUCACUGUCACAGCUUCAAUCCAUCUUUGUUUCUUUUGUGCCCAUUUCUUCUGUCUUAUGUUGACCACUGUUUCAAGGCCAUGUCAUUUUCAAAAUUUUCUGUACCAAGGCCUCACGAAAAGCAAAAUUUAAGUAAAUCAAUAAGUGUAAUUUUGUUCCUUACAGUUGUCAAGGUUAUCCAUCAAACAUUAUUACCAACACAGUCUGUUCAAGUCAGGCAACAGGUACUUACACCUUCUGCAAAUAUGAUUUUGUUUAUCCAUCAUUACUUUUAAAUUAAUGUUAAGUUUCUGACUUUAUUCUUUACUGCUUUAAGACACUCAAAUGUCUGAUCAGCUGGGUGCAGUUUGGAGUGACAGUUGUUGAUCUUGAUGAUUCUCUACCACUGGUCUUUGAAUCAGUACAUAAUCCAGAGUUGUUUGAUGAAAGUGUGGACUUGAUUGUUGAGGUUGCCUCGCAUCCGUCAGGGACAAAGUAAGCAAGUUCUGACAUAUUCUUCUUAAAACCCGAUCAUCAUUUUCAGCCUGUGCCCACGAGCAAGUAAAUGGGCAAAUGUCAAAUCUGAGCCCACAAUUUAUUUUCAAAUAAAGAUUUGGAAUGCCUGUAAGUGGUCAAAGUCUGACUGUAAGUCUUAUCCUUCUCAGAUAUCCAAGUUAUAUGUGGAAAUUUGUGUCAAGUGUAUUGGGGCUUGGUGAAACAUUAAGGACAGCCUUGCAGUCAGGAGAUAUGGUGAGUCAUACUAAAAUAUAGAAGUUUUCCCAUUGCCAUGAUAGUUUCACAUAUUAUCAUCUAUCAGUUGAUCAGAACUCACUAGGACUUAGGUAUUGGUUUCCCUACCCUCUAUGGGGUAGUACAAGAGAGUCUCCAGAUUUUAGAUCUCCAGAGGUUGGCAUCUCUGCAAGUGAGUAUUCUCGUCUCAGCUACAACACUAUCUGUUAAAUAACUACACUGCUGUUUUUCUUGGGGAUUAUACACACCAACUUUACGUUCACUUUUCAUACUCCUUUAAAUUCCCUUUUCGUUUGAUCACAGGACACUUCAAGAGGGUUAUGUCGAGUCAUGGUCUCUCUGGCCGAGACACAUCUGAAGCUGCUUUUUUCUGCUGAUACUGAGGAACGGGAAUUACAAGGGUUUACUCUUGUACAGUUGUUAUUGGUAAGUACUGCAAUCGAACCCUGCUUUAUGGACACCUCAUUGUUACAGACAGUUUUCCUUACAUCCCUGGGGAAAGUAACCCCUCACAUUUUCUCUAAAUUCAACCCCCUUGAUGCAGACGCCCUGGUAUUACAGACACUUUCCAAUUGGCUCUCUCAGUGUCUCUUUUGAUGGGGUUUGACUCUACCAAGAAUAAUUUGCUUUGCUAUCUGUGAAAGAAAAGAGAAGAAAGUUUCAAACCAAUAUUGCAAACAUGGAUUUACGAGUGGUCUCGUUACUGGCUUUGCCUGGAAAUAUUACGGUUCAACAGUUUUGUGUGAACAAUGUCAAAGUGUCCAGUCAAAUUUUUCACCUGGUCGAAAAGUUGACUGGUAUCCUGUGAAUGUAGCCUUAGUUCACUCAAAAAUUCGCUGACCUGAUAUCAACCACUGCUGGAAAUGCUACUACUCUUCUCUGAUUUGCUAAGAGCUUUGCAAUUUUACAGAUGAAUCUUUAGAAAAUCUGAAAAUUUAAGAUGCUCACAGUGACCCAGGCCUUUUGUGAGAGCAGGGCUGCCCAGCUAAGAUUUCAAGCUCAAACUGGGUACGUGUAUAUGAAAUUAGUAGGCAGGAAAAUGAACAACAAAGGAGUUCUUUUGGUUUUAUUUUUCUUUUGUUUGCUAUGAUCACGUAGGCAGCGGUCAUGCUCAUAGUAACCAGGGGAAAUCUCUGGCCCCUUUGGCCCUUAGUGAUAGCCCUGUGUUAGAGAGGUUCUUUGGGCUUAUGGUUUCCAGACAACACCAGCCUUUGAGAAUGGGUGUCUUUUGUCAUUUUGAGCUUUCUGUUUUCGACAUGUAGGAGUGCACAGGGGCACCAGGCUGGUAUCCUGUUGACGAACAAUGCAGUGAGAUGACAUUCAACUUUUGGUACACCUUACAGGUUUGAUACGCUGCAGACAAUUAACUGUGUUUUGCUUUUGUUCAAACAACAGUCUGAAGUGUAUUUGCAAUAUCUAAAAUUGUUGUAAAUUAUUUAAUGUUUUAGGAUGAUGUAAGUGCCGAGGAGCCAAGUCUAAUGGUUAAACACACAGCUAUGUAUGGCCCAGUACUAUUAUCACUUUGUGAGGUACUUUAAAUUAAUACCAAACGUUAUACUUUUUCAAGCUGAAGAAAAUCUGUCUUUUAAAAUAUAAUGAGCUCACUGCAAUGUUUAAAAAAAUCGCCGUUUUUACAUGUGUGAAAAGAAGCCCUGCCCGGUAUGGUUUUUCUGCCGGCUCAAAAGCUUUCCAUUGUAGUGUAAAUAUAGCCUAAGUCAACCCAUUAUGGCAUGAAUGUUCUCCACCUCUUUCUAUUUUUUCUUGCUCUAGCAUCCACUUUCUGCUGCUUUCUACUAUCUGAAUGCAUGGAAGAGACUAUAACCUUCCUUAGUUCUUUUGUCUUAUUUAUUUCGGUAUUUUCGAUAUUUUCAGGUGUUUAUGCGAAAAGUACAGUUUCCUCCAGAAAAUAUUUGGCAGGGAUUUUCGUCAGGUAAGAAGCAAUCUGUGACACAUGAAUAUGGUUUACCAAUUACGUGAAAUUUAUUUCACUAAACUACUAGUAGCCCUAACCCAUACAAUGUAGUAAUAGUUGACAGAGCAAAUGAAAUGUGUGUGCGCACAGAGAUUCUCCCACAGGAGACUUGACAUGGCAAGUUUCACGUGUUUUCUUUGUUGAAAGAUCAAUGGCAAAAUUAAGCGACUGCAAGUAGUUUAUCACCUUUCGAUGUUCAUCUCCCAUGAACUCUGAUUAUGUUCACACUUAAACAGGGUGAUUUAUUUAAGGAUUAUAUCAGACUGUUUUUGUUACAUGUUUAGUGGUGUUAAUAGUGACUUUUCUCACUAAUCUCAGAGGAAAAAGAACAGUUUAGAUGCUACAGACAGGAUAUUGCAGACACUAUGGUAGGUGUGGGGAAACUACCCACCUACCCCUUCCCUAAGCCAACAUUUUGCCCUAAGUGAGAAGCAAGUGUUAAUGUUGGCUUAGGGGAGGGGAAGGUGGGCAGUUUCCCAGAAACCUAUAAUGAUUCAGUUUCAUUCCAGGUGGAUGGAGGGCCGAAUAUGGAAGGAGCCACACAUUGCUACUCAAUUAACUGAGUUUUGCAUUUUACUGGCAGAGUUUACAAAUCUGUGUUUUGGUUGCCGGCUGAAUUUGUAAACAUGGUUAAUAGUAUUGAAGAAGAGUAAUAUCUCAUUUUCUCCACCAAUUCAAUAGUGACUAUUGGACGUGAAAACUGUAAAUCUUGGUGAUACAAGCAGUAACUUUUCCUCAAAUAGUAAACACGUUAACAAGUUGUGUUUUUGUUUUCAGAUGUAUGUUUACUGUUUAUUGAGAGGACACUGUUUACAACACCUGCAUCACAUGUUAUCAACACUUUUAUCUGGUGAAACAGAGGGUAGUUGGCAGGUAAGUGCUUCUUCACUGCCACAGGCAAUCACUUUUAGGACCUGUUGCCCCCAGCUGAGUUACCCAAAAAUCUCCCUGUCAAACAUUUAUCCUACAAAUGCAUUAAUUUUUUUUGUUAGUUUACCGUUCUGCAUGUGGUGAAACAGGAAUCAUAGCCUGGUAGUGUGUUUUGGCAGCUUCACCACGGUUAAAGUUUCCUUCACAGCGCUGCAACAACUAAAACUGCGAGCUAUAAAGACAGUAGGAUUCCCUGGUCUCUUAUAGCCUGUUCAGGCAUUCAGAUAGUGGAGUGCAGUGCAAAGUCAGACAGACCACCCCCCACCCCACCCCCUUGCUGUUUUUCCUGCUCACAUCUUUUUGCGUCGUUCCCACAUUCUGAAAAUCUGGAACAGGCUGUUUUUCUCAUUGCAUUAACCAUAAAAUAGACGUGCUGGUACUGUAACCAUAACUCAACAAAGUGUUGCUUAUAAAGAAACCAGGCUGUAAAAACACCAACUGUAUGUCUCUAGUCCCUAGAUGCAACGCUUUAUCUGAUUCAAGCAGUGGCGGAAUAUGUUGACCCUUGUGAGGAAACCUUUAUCCCUGCAAUUCUGUCACUGUUGCCAAGGCUACCCGCUCAUUCAUGCGUGUCUCAGACAGCUUUGCUGAUGGUUGGUAGGUGUGCAUGAGGUAUACUUGAUAAACUGAACACUAAAUUCACUUACAUCUUUCCCAAAUUUCCUGUAAAAGUGUUGAAUUCUUUACCUGUUACCACCUUGUACAGAUAUGUGAACUGUGCCACAGGUGCAUUUGAGUUAUCACACUUUCUCAGGAUUUUGUGUACGGAGUCAAAAGCCAGAACCACCUUGUAAAACCGUAGCUUUCAGAAUCAGAUCCCUCAGGGUUUUGCUUUCUUGUGCAAAUUAGGGCUUUUGCUAUAUAAACUUCACUGGAAUUUCUAAAUUCAAAUUAUGAAGAAAAAACAAAAUGAAUUCUGAUCUUAGUCAUAGUACAAAUAGCCUUUUGUAGCUCUAGACAGUUUGUCAAUGUUUCGCAAUGUUUAACAAAUACAGCUGUAAGUUGCGCUAUCGGUAAAGUAGCGCUUGGUGUAGCAGGGAAAUUAAAUGAUAACAGGACAAGAGACUUUUCAGUCUCUUUUUCAAAUUUUUUUUUUCUGAUUUUCGUGCCUUCAGUGUACUUGACUAGAAGAGCUGAAUUUGUGUAAAGCUAACACACUUCUAUGGUCUUCAAUCACUUAAUCAGGUUCUUAUUCCGAGUGGCUCAAAUGUCACCCUGAUCACCUGCGCUCAGUACUUCCGGUUCUACUGGCUGGUUUGUCUCAAGAACACUUGGAGUCUGCUUCAACUCAGGCCCUACGUGGCAUCUGUGAGGAGUGUGUUCAAGAUUUAGAAUCCGAGUCUCUAACGGAGAUUCUUACCCAUUGUCAGGUAAGGCAAAUUUAGUUUUGUGCGUUUGCGCUUUGUGAUUGGCGUUAAAAUCUCGCGUUACUUUCUCCACCAAUCAAAAGCAGAGCCGAGCCAAAUGGUGACGGAACUUAGUCUUACGUUUUUCCUACAAAAAGUGUUUUCGUAUUUUACCUGACAAUUUUUUUUAUCUGCUCUUCAGGCGGCUCUUUCAGGCGGAGUUAUGAAGGUAAGUUGCUCUGUUUGUGCUAUCAACCCUCAGCCUUGUCAAUUCUCACUAUCAUUUGCCACUUUAGAACCGAGACGGAAACUGGGUCCAGUUAACUUUCGCAAAGACUUCAGGGACUGUUACUAAGGACAGGGAAAACUUAAUGCAAGGCCUGCAAUACCUCAAAUGACUGAUUUACUUGAGGCCAAUAUUUCGGCUUACAAAAUUAGACUUCGUCGGGGUCAGAGCUACUCUGAAAAAGAAUACUACAACGACUCUUAACAUUCAAAUUUAAAUUUACAUGAGAGGUUAAUGAAAAACUAAAAAUGAAAACAAUAGAUAGCAUGAUAGAUAGGUAAAUAAUUAUACAAUAAAGUGAUCAAAAGUUACAGUUCAACGUUCGUCCUUUCGGUUUAAACCAUCUGGUGAAAGACUUUUGCCUGUAUUUAUCAGGUAAGCUUCUCUUGCUUAACGGCGUGACAUACUAUUAAAAGUUUAGAUGAAAGUUCAGGCGGAAUAAGUUCUAUGACUGUGAUGGAGUGGCCAGGUCGAUUGGAGGCGUGUCCCUAGUAGAAUCCCAGAAACAAUUUCGGGAGACACUUCGCUGGGCUCCAGUUCCCUUCUCGCCGAGCCUCCUCCAGUAACUGUUCAAACCUUACUUUUUGACAGGAGCGUGAACGUAUUCGCUGCGUUGAGUGCAUUGGACAUGUGCUAUCUGUGCAAGAUACAGCUGAGGCUAUAGAGAAAGUGCGAGUUAUAUUUGAUCCUUAUGUGAAAGGCUUGGCACAGCUUGUACAACAUCAGGUAUUGUAUUGUGUAAUACAUGUAACUGAGCUACUAUAUGCCUGUUUAAUGGUGAGAAAUGUACUGUUUGUUAUACCAGUUAACUCAUAGAACACUGAACCGUUAACUUUAUAAAAGCAACAAGCCGAAUUUUCUAUUAGAUUACUAGCGUAAACUAAUCUGAAAAUCCACUUGAUAUGACGGUAGAACACGAGAAAAGCUUGUAAAUAACGAGCGGAAUAGUAAGUUGUUUAGAUACACAGAUAACUUUCGAAAACUAUUUUGGUUAUGAAAUGGUUAAGAAAUUCUGUUAUGCCUAUAACAGUUUCAAAAAAUUUGUGGUCGCUCCGAGUUCAGGUGAUCUAUCUGCAACAACCGAUGGGUUGCUCAUCAAGGACCAAUUUCUAUUAAUUCUUUGAGAAUGUGUUUGAAUUAAUAGUCGUAGUUGAUGUUUUAAUAAAUUGGGUUCUUGUCUCUACAGCCUACUCCAGAGCUCAACAGAAACCUCCAGUUUCACCUGCAAGUUUUUAUUUUGUUGUUCAAAUGUCUGGACCCUGACAGUAUUGAAAAUCAUCCCCACCCGGUAAGUAGUGGAUAUGAUUAACAAGUUACAUGUACUUGUAUCGAGUUUUCAGAUUGGUGCAUGAAACCAAAGCUGAAGAUUUUGAAAGUGAUUAAAGUCAUCACAUGAGCAUAUACCCAGCACCAAUGGCGAAAAAACGUUUACCCAAUGCCAACCGCGGGAACACAAGCACUCAGUGAUCAGGAUUACAUCCACAGACUCAAAAUUUGCAACUGCAUUGCAGGUCACAGUGAUGGACAGUUAUUAUGCUAGAGACAUUACAGUCGUCUUAAGACGACUUUGACGUCUAGUUAUAAAACGGUAAAUAUGACAGACGCAUUCAACGUUAGCAUUAACUUUUUCUGUUAAGUACGUUGUUAACAGUCGACUUUAACGUCUCAGACGUUAACUGCUUCUAGUAUAAAAACGGGACGCCGUAAACUGGAAAGUAUUUAUGCUCAGCUACUCCAGAAACGGCUGGAAAAGAUCGGUGUUUUGUCUAUUAUUCAGAGUACUCUUUUUUUCAAUGCUUUCGUCAGCUUUUGUGCCUCGCGUUUUUACGUCAGUCGACUUAAACGUUUCCAACAGUAAAACGGCCAAUGACAUUAGGAGUCAAACAACCUCGUUCCCGGGGUUUCUCUUGAACCCGGCAACGAGGCUCUCUUGGAGGUGAAGCAGGUUUAGAUUUUAGUCUGUUUUCUCCUUUACCUUGCAGGCAGCUGUUGUAUUAAAUGAUAUACUACCUUCGUUGGGAUCCAUGGGUCACUGGUUAGACGAUACCCACAUCCAGCAAGUAUGAACUGUGAAAUUUCAUCACAAAACUGUCUUAUUGGGGAAGUUGAGCAUUUUGUUAAUAUGUAUGGACAUUCAUAUUCCGCUUGCGCCCGUGGUUUUUGCAAAUGUGCUCGUGUAGAGUAAACUUACUUAUACAUUCUGUUGUUGUUGGAGAAUCUUGCGGUUAUUUUACUCGGGUUAUCUUCUGAAGUGGUUAAUGCUGCAGUGUUUCAUGAAGUGACCUUGUCACCCGUUUGAGCCUGUACCAGGGGCCCUAAUUUUUCUUGAGUGUGGUCGAGUGAGCAUACGUCGCGUGGAAGGCGGGGUUUAGAAAAUAAGGGACGUUACCGUCCUUUCUUCGCCUCUGCUCGGAUGGAGCGAUUUUUACUCUUGUUCACUCGACCAACCACUUGAAUUUCGCCCAGAGCGAUCCUAGAGGGAUAAAGGAACAUAAUACACCUGGGUUAUUUACCAAUUGCAAAACUUUCCGGAAAAAGUCCGGUUGGAGAGUAAAUGGAACACGACCUGGUCGUUGCAGCGGACAAUUGCCGGGCGGGAGAAACGGAACAUCUGAAAAGGUAGUCCUGUUUUUCGGGACCGAUUUUUCCAAACAGAAAUAUGAUAGAGCUUCCUGAUAGAGCUUAACGAUAACUGUUUUAUUUCUCCACUCUUCUCUAGACGUUUUGCCUUUGUUUGGAGAGAGCAAUGGGCACAAUAAGAGAUGACAUGGGAACGCUGGUGUCUGCGCUUUCUGAGCUGGUCGUCGGCUAUUUCACUGUCUCGCCACGCAGCGGUAUUCUGGAUGUAGCAGCCACGGUGAGGAUCGAACAUUUAUGGUCUAGUGAUACGAACUGAACUUGCAAAUAGCUACAGUGCAUGCAUUGUAAUACGUAAACGGAUGGAAGCUUUGAAAUUGUGCAAUAAAUUGAAGCCUUUAUCAGAGCUAGUUAUUUGUUUUGAAAUCAAUCAACUUUCCUUCAGAGGGUGCGUCGCUACGCAUGAGCAGUGACCUCUUUAUAAGCUUGGAUUGAAAUUGACGUAGCCUGGAGCGAAACGGUUGCGGAAGAAACUAACGCAGGUUUUUGGAUAAGCGUUGAACACUCCUUCUAGAAAUGGAAAUAGGCGAAUCCUUGUUUACAUUUUUUGUCUUAUUAACAUAUGCUUGUUAUUAUCUGAUGAAGCUAAUAAAAUAAAAUCUCUGAAAAUUUGAGCCCGAUAUACCGAAUAGUUUCGGAGAAAUUCUCUUUGAAAACCCCCAAAUUUUACAAAGAAUGUUCGAGCUCACUAACGUUUUUGUCACCAAACAAUUUGGCAGCUUUUGAUUACCAUAUUUCCUUUGUUAUUGAUUGCAACGAACUGAAAAUUGCACAAACUGCUCAAAUUAACCAGCUCUUUCAACUUUUGAGCCUAAUUUUUACAUACGGCGACGUCACUUAUGGGUUAACUUAUAUGCUACUGAGCAAAAAUGACGUCAGCGAGGAUUCACCCAUACCACAUGUAGGUUUGACCCAAAGCACGGGACCAUGAAUGCUUUAACAGUCACCAACUUAGCUGAUGAUAUUUUGCUGUUUCAGCUUGUAGGAAUGUACGGGAUGCUGGACGAACAUUAUCAGACCAUCCUGCUAGUAUUUCAAAAAAUCACUGCGUCAUCACUUCAGCUGUUACAAAGUAGUAAGUCGUUUUUUCCUCUCGUUUUUAGUUGUGGUUGUCAUAACUGAGUCAUCCACAUUCAACAGGCGGCUUUGCGACCGUAUGAUGCAUUGUUCAACACUGCAACCUGAUUGGUUAGUUCUUGAAGCGGCGGGGCACGGCUUUCAUAUAGCUUAGGUAAAAAUUAAUUGUUUCUUAGUGCGCGGUAAUUUGCCGUGGGGACUGAGCACCAUAAUAUGAUUUUCGUCAGCGUCACUUCAAGUUCAGUAUGUUGUCGGAAGUAUUCUUAUGAUAGAAUGAAGUGCUGAGGGCCGGGUUUCAUACUCCUCACUAUACUGACUUGGGCGAAGAUUCGCUUCCAAAUUGACCAGAAAUCUUCAGACACCGUGAGAAAUCUGCAAGUAUCAAGCAGGAAUGUUAGGGAAUUUCCUGAAUCUUCCUGCAAACAUGAGGACUUCCUCCUUGAUCUCAUCAGGUUACCAAGAUCAGUUUUUUUAUCUUCAAAUCCCUUGUUAAAUUGAUAAUAAUCCUUUUUUUUCUCUUGGGAAUUUAGAUCUGCGAGAAUAUCCGGACAUUCUUCAGUCGUUUAUGCAGUUCGUCAGCCGCGUAAGUGAACUGGGCACUCUAAUCCUGUUUUAAACGAUAUACUAGAUUCAAAGUACUAUCCUAUCGGUUUAGAAUACAUGGAUGGAAUAUGCUUUUUACACUAGCUUGGCGCGCAUUUUUGCCAGAGUUUACGAGAUUAUAUUCCGAACUGAGCAAGUAAGACCUCGAAAAAACACGUUAGCAAAAGCUGUUUAUAUACAUAAAAAAGAAUAAUAAUAAUAAUAAGCUUAAAUAAACUGAGGCUAAAAUAUUUGUUAACAAUUGACCAGUCUCAUGAAAUGCGAAGAAUUAAAUGAAUUACACUUUAGUUCAGAAAUGCAGUCAUUGCGAUUCAUUAGCAAAGAAGUCACUAAGUAUUGAAGAUCAAAUACUAUGUAUAGUUUGUAUUCACCUUGCAGGCUCUUAAAAGUAACGCCAAAUUGGUUUUCGAAGGAGACAGUUACCGAAACAUUUUUCAAUGUGGUUAGUAAUGUUCCAGUAGCAGAUUAAUAAGGUGGAAAUUUUGAGGCGAAAAUAUUAAUUAAUAAGUAGUAAGCUUACCGUUUUAUCGUCUACGUUUUCCUUUGCCUUAUUCGUGUUUUCUGUGCCCUGUGCGUUUACAUGGUACUAUUUCAAAUUUGUAAAUUUGUUAUAUUUUUACUUUUGUCACAUAUAGAAGUGAACGGGUUAAGUAGAAAGAUGCUGCUCGACUAGUGUCUCUUGCAUGGUUCAGUUGAUUGAACGAUCUGUUGGCAUUAUUUACAGGUUUGGCAAUCCUUGAUGUUCAAGAAAGUCAGUCAGUCAGAGCCGCUUGCUCCUUCUUUGUAAGUUUAUCCAUUAAUCCCUUCUAUCAAAGAGUAUGUUAACAACACUGUUCUCCAUAUAUUUUUUACUAUGGAAAGCUGUUCAAAGCAAAGGAAUGUUUUACAAGCCCCUUUAAAAGCUCUCUCACAAAAAAAUGUUUGCUUCAUAAAGCUGCUUACUGACUUAACUUAAUUACAAAUCUAGUGCAAAUUACGAAACAUUUUGAAGAUCAUUUGAAUUCUGUGUAAACCUGGUUAAUGAAACAUGUUUAGUUGGUGUGAAUGGGGCAUUAGGUAUUUUCCAUUACUUUAUGUCGGAUUAUAAAACAGUGCUAUUUUACGGAGAAACUGAAUGUUGGUCACUCAGGCUUACGGCUCAGAGAAGUCUGUAUAUCUAACUUGUUUUUUGAAAACGUCAUAAAGCGUAUAUUUGACUUGUUUAUUAUUUUAACCAUUACUUUUUGUCAGUCAACAUUCAUCGCUACCUGUGAGAGUCAAGAAAAGGCGAAGAAAACGCUGUUAGAAUAUGGAUCAUAUCUUGUCAGUCAAGUAAUCAAGGUAUGCCAUAUGCACCGAUGAGAAUGAUCAAUGAUAUCGUAAGUGAACAGUGUUGGCAUUAGCCAAUCAAGAAAGUAAAGAAGACAAUAACCAGUCAUUGGCUCUUUGUCAUAAGGAAAAUGAAGGAAAAUAUAUACCGUAAAAUUCCGAAAAUAAGCCCCUCCAACUAUAAGCCCCCCAAACUGGUAACGCAAAAAACCCUCCGUUAAAUCGUCCCUCCAAAUAUAAGCCCCCGGAGACUUGUACUUGGAAAAUUGCCCUCAAAUACAAAGUAAAACAAUGAGCAAAACUUUCAACUAUAAGGCUAGCCCAAUCGAGUUUGAAACGCAAAUUUCCCUCCGUAGGUAAGCCCCUCCGAAUAUAAGCCCCUCCAAAAAUAAGCCCCUCAAAAAGGGCCUUUGAAAAAUAUAAGCCCCGGGGCUUAUUUUCGGAAUUUUACGGUAUUUGGGGCGAAGCUCAGGAAACAUGGGACCAAAGACCAAUUUGAAGCGCGGGAAAAAAUGACAGUCGUUGCCAAAGGCGGGAAAACAGAUAGAUGAGUGAAAGAGCGGGAAAACGUGACGUUUGCGCUAUGUAGUUAAAAGUAGCUUUUGUUAGUUUGGUUUCGUUUCUGAUGUUUCAUUUUAUUUCUUUCACUUUCGUUGUUUCUUUUCUUUCCUUUUUAUCCAUUAGGGAAUAGGUGGAGGGGUACCCAGGCAAUGCACUGAUUACAUGGCGGAAAUACUGCUCGCGUUAAACAGCCUCGAUGUGUCUCAGCUGUCUCUAUGGAUGCAGGUAAGAUAACUAGUCAAUAAAAAAAUUGCGGAUGAAUUAAAGUUUCCGGGAAAACUCCCACCUACCCCUCCCCUAAGCCAACAUUUUGCCUUCAGUGAGAAGUAAGUGUUAAUGUUGAGUCAGGGGAGGGGUGGGUGGGCAAUUUCCAGAAACCUAAAUUUACUGUCUUACAUCUUGUGAAAUUUCACAUUGGGGUGGUUUUAAUAAAUCAUGGAGGUGAACUCUUUGUGUUUGCAGGACGUUAUGCAGGUUGAAGGGUUUCCUUCGAAACUGGUUACAUUGACUCAAAAACAACAAUUCACCAGCGCCUUGUUGCGGUGAGUUUUACACUGAAUUGUUUUAAUAUUCUGCGCAGUAAACGUCUUUAUCCGGGAGAGUUUAAAUACACCUCUUUAAGCAGACGUUACUUUGAAAGAUAUUUGUCGCAGUUUAUAUUAGAGGACCAAAAUGGUUGGCAAAAAAUGGGCCCUUCGACGAGAAGCUUGACAUUUUUAGGACAGUUUUUCAUCCAGGGACACUGCAGUUGACACUGUCAGAGGUGUAAGUAAAACAAGAAAAGGUGGAUUUAUAUCAACGGUAUGAAUCAGCGUGUGGCGUUAUUGUUAAAGGUGUUCGCUACUACCAGCCUGCACUACAACAUGCGUUACCAUGUGUCCGUUUCUGAUUGGGUUAAAUCCCCCAGCUUAUUCUUCAUAACCUAAUCCAGUUUUGAAAAGCUUUCAGGUCGUAUUGACUAUUUUAUUAUGUUUUACAGGGACAGGGCACACCGAAGGCGGGUCAAAGAUUCCGUGAAGGAGUUCUCUUUGCUUUGCCGAGGGCUUUAUGGAACUGCUUAUGCUAGUUAAUCUGGUGGCCAAUGUGUAUGACCUCUCGUACAGAGGAACAAAGUUAAAUGUCACGGUGAAAAACAUGCGUGAUUCCACGGAGAACUUUAUCCAGACCUCAACAAAACCUGUAUGGUCUUAAAAUAGCCGACUGAAAUAGAGCUUUUCAUGAGAAGUCAAGAAAAGGCAAUAAGAAUUGAGCGGACAACCUUCUGAUUAUAGCAGCUCUCCUAUUGAUUUCCUAAAUGAUACAGCAGUUCUGAAAUAGACUUCCUUGAAAUGAUGGGCUUUGUAUAGUUGUAAAAUUGCCAUGUAAAGAAGCUAACAGUGCAAAUUUUAAUUGUAGUUUUUUUUUUACGUUGUUGCUAUUGUUUUCUCAUUUUCUUAUCCAGUGUAACUAAAAAACAUCUAGCUGUAUUAAACAAAUUCUUUGCGCAUAAUGGCGUUUUGAAACGUCUGUACAAAAGGUCGUUUCCGAGUUGAAAAACCUUCACUUUCGAAACAAAACCAUGCGCAAAGCCUUUCAUGUAACAAGGAGUUUGAUUUGCAUGACAAUAAAACACUGUUUUCAUAUCAGCGUAGCACUUAGCCUCGUUGUGAAAAAGCUGCAAAAGGACAGAAAAAUAAACUUUAAAACGUGUCUAGGAAGGGAAGCUCAAUUUGAAACAGUCUGGCUUACGUUUUCAAGUUCCAUUCUUUCAUUUGUGAGAAAUGGCUUUCCCGUGCCAACCUCGUUCCCAAUAGGGCCAUGUAUACGAAGAAAAAUAAGACGCGUCUUAAAUAAGACGCGAACUUACCGUAUAAACGGCACAUUUCGUCUAAAAUAAGACGACUUAGCUAAGACGCGUCUUAUUUUAGAACAGCCUUUAACACCUGUUCUUAGAUAAGACGCGUCUUAGCUAAGACGAGAAAAACUUCGUAUAAAUGACCUCCGCGUCUUACAUAAGACGCGAACGCAUUGUACGCAUGCGUUAAUUUUUGGCGGGCCACGUUGGAUUGCCUUUGCUACGGGCAAUAUCCACAUGAAAACGAGUCAAGAACAGAAAUAAGACGCGAACCAUUUAUACGAGCUGUUCUCGUCUUAGAUAAGACAUGCUCGUAUAAAUGGUACAGUUCGCGUCUUAUUUAAGACGCGUCUUAUUUUUCCUCGUAUAAAUGGCCCUAAUGUCUCGCUGUUUCCCAUGCUGCAUGGGGCGGAGAGAUGAAAUGUCACUGGGAACGAGGCCGGUUGAUUUGCUGAAGAAUUUCCAUCUCUGUAAAGUUUUCAAUUAAUCCAUAGUCUAAAAGUUAAUUGGAUCAAAACCGUUUCUGAUCCACCAGUCAUUAUAGAUCACUUUAUUGUUCAAAUCUGACCUGUUUGCUUUGAAAACAGAGAUUUUAAAGGACGGAAUUAGCGCCGGCUGAAAUUGUCAUUACCAUCUCACCGGCAUAGAUAACUAAACACCAAUUUCGGGUUGUCGCGUGAAAAUCCAUAGAUACUGAUGUUUCUCGACGGUUAGCUUCAGUAUUAUAUAAAAAGCGACUGUGUGCCUAUUAGCUACUUUAGGUAAAUAAAAGUCAUGCAUGGCUUGAUUUAUUUUAGUACCUGUCUAUUAAAGCAAACAUUUCACAUGUUUUGGUUUCUAAACAUGCGCUAACUUCAACAAGUUUAGAAACCUUCAUCAGAAUUACGCCAUUUUAUAGCAAUUUUCGCAGCCUUGGCUAGGAAGCAAAGAGGCUUUUCGUGGGAAGUGAAGUCAAGGAAAACGCGAAGACGUUCUGCUUAUACCACCUUUUUGAUUUGUGCCGGAUUAUUCAACAUGCCCAAAAAGUUGCGGGAGAAAGACAAGUCAGCGUCGACAGCUUUGCUCGAGGCGAUCGUCAUGUUACUUUUCACCGUUGUUACUUUCAUGUUUUUUCUUUAAGGACAUCUACUCGUUUAACUUUUAAAGCUAAUUUGGGUGUGGUUAUUAUGGCUUACAGAUACUUUGAAAGAUACAAAUGCUUUAAAUAUAUCAAGACUACAUGGAUUGACUGAUAAUGGUACUGACAAUGUUUUGGGGAACAGACUGUCAUGUGAUAAUCGCGUGGAUUUCUCAAGAAGAAAAUGAAGACCCAAAAAGGCCGUGUGUAUAUGCGUUUUGUAACAAGACUGAGUUAAAUAUGAACUUUUUAAGUAAUAAAACUCACACGGUUUUAUGACUCUUUAUCCCCUUGGACAAAGCGGGAUCGGCGAAGACUUACUCUAACAUUGUUUGACUUCUGCAUUUAAAAAGAUGUUUUUGAUUUCAUUGCUUUAAAAUUAAAAGGACAGCUGACGUUUUUUACUGUUAUCCUUCCUCCAGGCAAAGGAAAGGCA